GCGGUCUGUGGGCCCCGGGCGGGGAGCUGGGGCCGAGCCCAGGCGGCGGGAGUGAGGGCGCGUCUGAUUCAGGAAGUUGUGUGUCUGACAUCAGGGGCAGGACGGAGUCGGAGUGAAACCUCAGAAAUGUGAGGCGCCGGCCCGUGGGAGGGCAGAGAACUCACAGGGGGCCUACUCGCUGCGAGGGCAGGUACGCGCCGCCCCCCGCCCCGCCGCUCGGCACCUGGCUCCGCAGGGGGCCGGGCUUCCUCACCGGGACCUUGACCUCAGCGGGGACCCGCGCCUUCAGACCCGCCGCGGGAGACCCCUGCGCCACGGCGCCUGCAGGAAGCCCUCCGGUGGUCUGCGAGCUGCUGACAGUGGCAUGCCCAAACCCAACACUGGAAGAGGAAUAAAUUACAAGUGGACAAGGCUGCAUCCGCUUGAGCCCAGGACUUUCUAGUGCAGUAAGAGUGGCUCCAGUCUAGCCAGGCACCAUGGAAAAAAUCAACUCCUUCUUCAGUAUCAUUUGGGACACUAUCUUGACCAAACACCAACAGGGCCUCUUCAACACCAUCUGCCUGGGCAUCCUUCUGGGGCUGCCACUCCUUGUGGUCAUGACAUUCAUCUUCAUCUGUUGCCACUGCUGCUGGAGCCGGCCAGGCAAGAGUGGCCAACAGACGGAGCGCAACAAGGGGAAGAAGAAAAAGAAGAAGAAGAAGAAGAAGGCUGAAGAAGAUCUCUGGAUCUCUGCUCAGCCCAAGCUUCUCCAGAUGGAAAAGAGGCCAUCGCUGCUUGUCUAGUGAGGCAGGAAACAGAGGCGUCCUGUCUUGGGGACUAAGCCACCUUCCAACUACACACAGGCUAGACAGCAGCAACCCCUAAAGUGAUGCACUCAUGUUCACAGAAGAACUAGCCAAGGAACAAACCUCAGGCUGAGUGUCCCCAUGGAGGACAUCCCAGCAAGAACAUGGACAGUUAUUGGGUACUAUCUUGGCAGCUAUGUGUCCAAUAGCAGUGCUCUUUACUGCAGACUCAGGCAUCCCUUCCACCUGCCUCCAGCAAGCUCCAUAUGCAAACACACAAGGAACACACACAUAAGCACACAUAUGCCCAUUAUGCAGACAUAAGUGCCCACACGCACACACAUAUACACAUGCGUGUGAGUUCAGGCAACAGGUACCUGGGCCAAUGUAUUCUGUUCAUCAAAUGGUCACUGACUACCUACUUUGUACAUUAUCUGCUCUUCCAAAAAUUUCUCAUAGGAAGGCCUGGCCGAAUUCCGGCACACAUGCACAAUUACAUAACCGGAUGUCUUUUCCAUGCACCACUCAGGUUUCCCAUUCCUAUCCCCACACAACCUAUUACUGGAAAUCCUCAUAUUUGGACACUCCAGCAAAAUACAACUGUGCCAGCUUGUAUACUGAUACAGACACACCAAUUUCCUAUGUUUCUUACAUGGGAGAAAAAGAUUUCAAAAUUCAUUGAAAGCUGUAUCUUGCAACUCAUGACAAAGGUCCCCAUCACCAUUGAUAGGUAUCGAAUGCUGUCUACAACCUCUAUUUGAGAUGCUACCCCCAGAACCGCUCAGCAAGGUGCCCUUCUCCAAGCACCAACAAACAGCUCUUGGUGGUGACUUCUAGAAUGUUCUGGAAACCAAGGAAACUCCAUUCACUUCCAUGAACUGCAGUUGUGGGCCUGUGCAAUGCUUUACAGACGGGAAGGAGACGCGACACCUGGCACCUGACCUAGGGAUCACCUCUGUAACCAAAGCUUCGCAGCAGGGAAGGAAUUGAGGCCAUAUCCCAUACAGUUUCUCGGAAGGCACACCGGAAACAAUUCCAUAGGGCUGUAAUGGAUGUGUGGUGUAUUGCGGUGGCAUAUAGAAGUUAGAGUUCAAUGAAAGUAGAAUAAAGCUAUAGAGAGGUUUAUUAAUAUUUUUCUUGACGCUCAGGCAAGUGCCUUGCACACAGUAGGUACUCAGAACUGUCUGUGGAUGCUGCUGGAUACGUGACGAUGUGGAGGGUCCACGCGUAAUAUUUCGCCAAUCUCCCUGAGUGACCUUCUCUUCUGAGCCCCCUAAUUGCUGCAAUGGAUGGAAGCUGGGUAUCAAGUGCCGCCCAGGCCGUGCGCAGAUCUGACCGUCAAAUCGGCCUGCGUGUCCCAAGAUCCAGACAGCGGUACGCUAGGGCCGCACUGAGUUGAGGCGAGUGUCUCCCCAUCAGGCUGAGGUUGGGAGGCCAAGUUAAUCCACGUAUGUGAGGAGCUGGUUGAUAUUUUGACUGUAUUGUGACCAUCUGACAAAGAUGGAUAAUUCCCAAAUUGGGAGCGGGCUAUGCUCUAAAAGGUCAUUUGCAAAUCUGCUGGGUAGCUCUCUCGAAAUAUUUUCCCACAGAAGCUGUUCUAGGUGGCAGUAAAAUUGCAAUUUAAUUAACAGUGUAGCUAAACUAUGAUAUCUACAGUAGCCAAGAUGCUAAAUUCUGCAGGAUUGUGUUCACGGCAAACUGUCCUCCAUUGGCUCCCCUGGGCUGCCUGGCACUCACCUGGCCUCUGGGCAUUCUCCGAGCCUGUGGGGGCAGGCGCCUCGGGGUGCCUGCUGCAUCAAGUCUUCUCACGGGCGACCCUGUGCGUCAGAAUCCAGGCCUUCAUGUGUUUUAAAACCAGUCACAUCCACCUUCUCACACCAAGUGGUCCCCGAUGCCCUGGCCACUCAGACCCCCUAGUCGUCAGCCCCUUCUAGCAGGGAAAGCAGUACUCUCUGGCUGGCUGUCCCCUUGUCCCCGGACGGCUUGUCAUGGAGCAUCUGGCUGCCCCCUUCCCAUCACAGGACAAUUGCUCGUCACCCCACACCAGGUGCACCUGCCUCCGCACGCAGGCCACUGCCCACCAGGACAAGCUCUCCUUCCUGCCCCCCUGAAAUGGAUGACUUGAGGAAGGCAUGGACCUGACGGCUGAGGCUGGGUGUCAGAUGUGAUCUAGGAGAGAGGAUCACUCAGAUCGGGGACCACACAAGUAACAUGGUUGCCAUGGCAACUGGCUGCUAGUUUGAAUUAAGACAGCAGUCAGUUGUCAUUGCCUUGACAAGGCCUCUGUCUCCAGGUAGUACCCUGCUGUCCCCUAAUCAAGUGGAUUUGAACUACCUCCAGGCGUGAAACACCCAGAAACUCCCUUCUCACUUGCUUCCCUAGCCUAGGACUCAGGAGACCCAGAUGCUGAAUGAGGCUUAUGUUUUCCCCACCCUCGCCUCCCUGGCAGCCUUCCCGGGGUCCCCCCAACACCGCCCAGUCUGCUGUAGGCCCCCAAACUCCCGCUGAGCAAGUGCGCCCAUGAAAGGAGCCACAUGCAGUCAUUGGAGUCAUUCCCUGUUCUUCCCAUCAGCCCCAUCUUCCUCUCCCAUGUUUCCUUUUUGUCUUGUUCCUGCUUCUCCCAGCACCCCCUCCCCGGCUCCAGCCUUAUUCCUCUUCACCUCUAGCAGCCGGGGGGUGCCUCUGGACUGGAGCCUGCUUGGUCUGUCGUGGACCAAAAAGGUGAAAAAAAAGAGGCUUGCUAAACAGCACAGGCUUGGGGAGGAGCCCCCAGACCAAGAUCUGAACAGCCCCAGCCGGACCAGGCCGCCGCCAUCAGGGAAGGCCUCCUCCCGAUGUUCAAUGUAUUCUGGUGGCUUGUUUAUUUCUUGGGGGCGGGGGGAAUGUAGAGAAAGGGCCGUCACGUUCUCGAGAAGAGUACAAAUGGACAAAGCUGUAUAGUAUUUGUCAGUACUUUUUUUUUUCUGAAAAAUUCAAACACAGGCAAAAGAAAAAUUUAUUUAAAUAAAAUGCUUGGACAAUA